AUGGACAGUCUAACAAGGACUCUUAGAAGGAUGAGUGAAUUAUCAAACUUCAGCUACCACCCAAUGUGUAAGUCCACUAAACUCAUACAUCUGAUUUUUGCAGAUGAUCUGAUGGUGUUUUGUAAAGGUGACAUGGAUUCUAUUAAGAGGGUGAUGGAGGCUCUUCAACAUUUUAGCGCAGUGACUAGUUUAGUUGCAAAUCUGGAGAAAUCCAAUAUCUUCCUUGCUGGGAUGGAUGAUGCUACAAAGGAAAGGAUUUUGGAUAGUACUGGGUUUUCAAUAGGUACACUGCCUAUUAGAUACUUAGGAAUUCCCUUAUCCUCAAAGAAAUGGAACAAAGUAGAUUGCCAUCAAUUGGUUGAUAAAAUAACAAAGAGAAUCAUUGUUGGAUAUUCAAGACAAUUGUCUUACGCUGGAAGACUGAAGAUUAUAAAUUUUGUUUUAUUCUCUAUAUACAAAUUUUGGGGAGCAGUGUUCAUCCUUUCCCAGAGUGUGUUAAAAGAAGUGGAUAGAAAAUGCAGGGAAUUUUUGUGGGGAUAUUCAGAGGGCACAGGAAAAUAUCCUUGGUUGCUUGGGAUACAAUAUGUGUGA